AAUUGCUAAAAGUUUAAAAUAACCAAAUCAAAAUCCCCACUUUAUAAAUAAAAAAUACAAAAUUUGUAAAAAUUCGAGAUAUGUCAUUACGUAUCACAAAAAAAAAAAAAAGGUUUAGAGUUUUUACAAAGUAAAAUAUCUUUGAAAAUCCAACGGAAUUUCCCGCUAUCAUAUCAGAAAAAAUUACGCGCAAAUAUUAUUGCUGAUCUAAUUGAAACUCCCAUUAUUAAAUCAUGAUAUAUUAAGCAUCAUAUCACUAAAGAUCCUAUAAAAAAAAUCAUCAUUUGAAUCAUACAAAAAUUGCACAAAAUAUCACCAAAGAUCUAUGUCACUAUUUACAAGGUUAAGUAAAAUGACUAAAAUCCAAGACAACUUCAAGGCUAAAAAAUGAAAAUGAAAAUGAAAAAAAUAAUGUUGUCAAAAAAGUUAAAAAUAGCCUUUUUCUGUAAAAUAUUCCUAUAAAAGCAUCCAAAUAAGAACACAAAACUUCAGGUGACCGAAGCGAGAGGUUUGGAAGCAGCUUUUUGUGGGAUAUUACCAACAACUUCAGAGAGAGAGAAAAAAAAUAAACAAAAAAUUGAAGAAAAAAGUAGUAGUAAGAACGUUCAACAAUGGCGAAUAUUAAUGUUUUAGCAAAAUAUUAAAAUAAAAAAAUAUUGAAUUUUUAAACAAUAAAAACUAAGGGGGGAAAUAAUUUUUUAAAAUAAUCAACAUCAUCUCCUUAUUUUUUCCCCUUCUUAUAUCUUCUCCUCCAUUUCCGCUGUCUCUCUCAUUGAAAUCUUCAAAAUAUUAAUUGAUUCUAUUAAAAGGGUUUCUUUAUUUCUUGAAGAAUUUAUCUGGGUUUGUUUCAAUUUUUGAAAUGAUCAUCAAUAAAGUUCAGAAAUCAAUUAAAAUUCUUGGAUUCUGAAAAACCUGCAAAAUUUCAGUUUUUUUUGGUUUUUGCUCUUUAACGAUCAUAUUUCCUGUUUUUUUCGCCUGAUGGUGUCAAUGGAAUCAGAGGGAAUGUUGCCAUUUUCGGUGGUUUCUGUUGUUGAAGAUGUUCUUAGACAGCAUGGAACUCGAUUGAGCGACAUCGAUUUCGCUUCAAGAAAAGCAGAGGAAGCUUCAUGGAGACGAUAUGAGGCGGCGAGGUGGCUAAGGAAGAUAGUGGGGGUUGUAUGUUCAAAAGAUUUGCCUGCUGAGCCAUCUGAAGAAGAUUUCAGACUUGGGUUGAGGAGUGGGAUAGUCCUUUGUACAGCAAUCAACAGGGUUCAACCUGGUGUUGUUCCAAAGGUGGUAGAAGCUCCAAAUGAUACCGUGAUCAUCCCUGAUGGCGCGGCUUUAAUGGCCUACCAAUACUUUGAAAAUGUGAGAAACUUCCUAGUUGCUGUAGAAGAGUUGGGACUUCCUACUUUUGAGGCAUCUGAUUUAGAACAGGGUGGUAAAACAGGAAGGAUUGUGAGUUGUGUUCUUGCUUUAAAAUCUUUUAGCGAGUGGAAGAUUGCAGGAGGUAACGGAACUUGGAAAUAUUCAGGAAACUUCAAAACACCCAGUUCUACCAGCUCUACUGGCAAAACUGUUGUUAGAAAGAAUUCAGAACCCUUCAUGAAUUCAAUUUCUAGGACUUCAUCAAUAAGUGAGAAGUCUCUAGACACCGAACAGUGCAGUGAUCUUGGUGUAGAUUUAAGUGACACGAGUAACACUCGUUCCUUAAAUAUGAUGAUUCGUGCACUUCUAAUUGAUAAGAAGCAAGAAGAAAUCCCAAAUAUUGUUGAAUCCAUGCUCAGCAAAGUCAUGGAAGAGUUUGAAUGUCGCUUAGCAAGUCAAGCUGAAUCUGAGAAAGCUGCUCCAGAAGCAAUGUCAGUUUCUGGACAAAACACAUCUCCUGCCGAGUCCCUUAAGAAAGAAACAGAGAAUCAUGAUGACAAUGCCACCAACAACAUUAAUGAGCCAGAGCAAGUUAAUGAAAGUGAAGAUAUUCAGAGUUGUGUCCCAUAUGCAGCGCCUAAAAGCAAGUUCAGGAAGCAUGAUGAACAUUUUGAGAGGCAGGAGAGUAAUAUCCAGGAUUUAAAACAAAUUGUCCACACUACAAAAGAAAGCAUGAGGUUAUUGCAAAUGAGAUAUCAUGAAGAGUUCAGCAAUCUAGGUAAGCACCUCCAGAGUCUUACUCAUGCUGCCUCAGGAUAUCAGAGAGUUCUUCAAGAAAACCGCAAGCUGUACAACCUAGUGCAAGAUCUAAAAGGGAACAUCAGGGUGUAUUGUCGAGUGCGUCCAUUCCUUCCUGGCCAAGCUAAUGGUUUUACCACUGUGGAUCACAUUGAAGAAGGGAACAUUACUCUUAUGAACCCAGCAAAAUAUUGUAAAGACGGAAAGAAAUCCUUCAAUUUUAACAAGGUUUUUGGACCUGAAUCAACACAAGCUGAGGUGUAUACGGACAUGCAACCUCUUAUUAGGUCUUGUCUUGAUGGUUACAAUGUCUGCAUCUUUGCAUAUGGGCAAACCGGAUCUGGAAAGACUUACACAAUGAGUGGACCAGACAAUCUUACAGAAGAAACAUAUGGGGUGAACUACCGAGCUUUGAAUGAUUUGUUCUGUCUAGCAGAAGAAAGAAAAGCCACUUUCACUUACGAGGUUUCUGUUCAGAUGAUGGAGAUAUAUAAUGAGCAAGUCAGAGAUCUUCUAGCUACUGACGGAUCAAACAAGAAGUUAGAGAUUCGUAACAGCUCUCAGAAUGGGAUAAAUGUACCAGAUGCAAGUAGGUUACCAGUCUCAACAACAGCUGAUGUACUUAGUUUGAUGAAUCUUGGUCAUAAGAAUCGCGCAGUGAGCUCAACAGCUAUGAAUGACCGAAGCAGUCGCUCUCACAGUUGCAUGACAGUUCAUGUCCAAGGGAAAGACUUGGCUUCAGGAGCUGCUUUACGAGGUUGUAUGCAUCUUGUUGAUCUCGCUGGAAGUGAAAGGGUUGACAAAUCAGAGGUGACAGGGGAUCGAUUGAAGGAAGCACAGCAUAUCAACAAGUCCCUUGCUGCGUUAGGAGAUGUAAUUGCUUCACUUUCUACGAAAAAUGCACAUGUUCCUUACAGAAACAGUAAACUCACGCAAUUGCUCCAGGACUCCCUAGGAGGACAAGCGAAAACAUUGAUGUUUGUUCACAUAAGUCCAGAGGCAGACGCCCUUUCAGAGACGAUCAGUACACUUAAGUUUGCUGAGCGUGUAUCAACCGUGGAGCUUGGUGCUGCUCGAGCAAACAAAGAAACUGCAGAUACAAAAGACUUAAAAGAGCAGGUUUCCAAUCUCAAAGCAGCUUUAGCCAGGAAGGAAGAAGAAAUGGAGCAUCUUACUCGUUCAGUAACAAGCACUCCAGAAACAACAAAUGUAAGAUCUACUGCUUCUUCACCUACUCGUCCAUCCUCUCGAUCAAGAGACCUUUUAGGUGGUCGAAAGAGUCUAGUGCAGGAUGUCAGUAACACCAAGGUGAAAAACAACUCAUCGAAGCCACGAAGGAGAAGCUUGGAUCCAAAUGAUCUCUUAUCAAAUAACUCUAUUUGGCCACCCCUUAUUGUCAACAAAGCAGAACAGAAGAAUCUGACUGCAGGAGAUUGGAUGGAAAAGGUGAUGAUGAAGCAAAGUAAAGUAGAUAGAAGUAGGUCUGUAGUAGAAAACUUAGUGGAUGAAAACAUGAAGCCUUCUGAGAACUGUCAUCCUGAUGAUAGCAAUACUUUGAAGCAAUCUUUCGAUAUCUUGGUAACCGAAAAAAAGGAUUGCCAAGAUAACGACUCACAACUUAGUAUAUGUGACUUGCUUACUCCUGACAGCAUUGAUGAGCUUGAGAUAGCAACCAGUGACUCUUCUGAGCAAGACUUUCAAGUUCUUCUUCCAAGAACAGCAAGCUUGCCUAAUGUUAUAGGAUCAAAAAUCAAGAAACCUACCCCAAUAAAGGCAUCUAAGAGCCCGGAAAAGAGGAGUUUGAUACCUAUGCCACCCAUGAGAAGAUUAUCGAAUGGGGUGAAUACACCGGCAAUCAAGAAUGGAAGACAGGCGGUGUAUGUGAAGAGAAAAUCAGGGAAUGCAAAGUGAUGAGUAACUAGCUAAUUAUGCUAUGCAUAUAUUAUGUGAUGAUGGCUUGUCAUCCUCCAUAUAAUUUUUUUUAGUAGUUAGAAGAGGGAGGGUGAAGGAGUUGAGAAAAAGGCUUCUUUUUUUAUUUGAUUUUGCAGUGCAAAAAUGGCAACUAUUUCAGUUACCUGAUGCAUGAUUUUGGUGGUGAUGGGUUCAAGUAUAUGCAGUCCUGCCAAAAAUGGCCCAAAUUGAUGGUGAUUGUCUUUUGUUGUGUUACAUUGUGUAUAUGGGUGUUUGAUUCAAAUGACCCUAAGCGAAGGUUUGAUUUUGUUAGUUCUACCAAAGACGAAAAUCGAGUAAGGUAUAUAUAUAAACUAUAUACUUGUAGUACAUAUAUCACAUAUAUAUGUCUUCUUGGAUCAAAGAUUUGAUGCAAUGAAAGUUAAUGAAAUUGUUGUACAUUAUAUACUUUUUGAUUGUGUUGUCCACUUCUUGGAUCAAAUUUAUGUAAUUUUCUUAUGCCAAUUUGACUCAAAUGAAGCCUACCAACUUUAAUUCGCUAAAACAAAAUUCAAAUUCAAGUUUGAAUCUCUUGUCAAGUUGUCGAUUUAAACAAAGUUUGUAUCCCUACCUUAUAAAAAAAUAUAAAAUUAUUCUUAUGAAUAGUGUGAUGUAAAA